AUGGCUCUCAAGGCAUUAAAGAUAAUUCAUAGUCAUAACGUUCUUCACAAUGAUAUUCGAAAAGAAAAUAUCUUAGUUAAUGAAAAAGGUAAUGUAUAUUUUAUUGACUUUGUGAAAUCAAUUGUUACUGAUAAAAAGGAUCUGUUUCGACAAGAGGAAUCUGAAUUAUCCCGUUUAUUUGAUUGCUAUAUUGAUCGACAUUCCGAAACGGAACGCGCAAACGAUGAUGUUUUUGCAUCAGACUAUUUAUGCGCAUCAAAAUGUAUGAUAUUACAAAUCAUAAUUCCGAUCAAAAUCCCUAGUAUCUGUCAUCUUGUAACAAUUCCCGCAUUCUUACAUAUAUUGUAUUGCGAAGUAAUGAGUGCCAGUAAAACCAUAUGA